CAACUGUGCCUUCCUUCAUCUUACCCCCAGACAAUCGCAUUCGAGGUUCAGUUUUUUGAAGUUAUUCUUCAGUAACCAUGAACUUCAGAAACCUUUUCCUGUCCUUCUUCUUGGUCCUGGCGGUCGGGUUCGCCCUCGUACACGCCGAAGAGGCUAAGCCUCGGGGCCCGAAGAUUACCAGUAAGGUUUACUUCGAUAUCGAGCAUGGUGAUAAGCCCUUGGGCAGAGUUGUCCUUGGUCUGUAUGGCAAGACUGUUCCCAAGACUGCUGAGAACUUCCGGGCUCUCGCUACCGGUGAGAAGGGCUUCGGUUAUGAGGGUUCUACUUUCCACCGUGUCAUCAAGGACUUCAUGAUCCAAGGUGGUGAUUUCACUCGCGGUGAUGGUACCGGAGGCAAGUCCAUCUAUGGCGAGAAGUUCGAGGAUGAGAACUUCAAGCUUAGGCACACUCGCAAGGGUCUUUUGAGCAUGGCCAACGCCGGCAAGGACACCAACGGAUCUCAGUUCUUCAUCACCACUGUCCCCACUCCUUGGCUCGAUGGCCGUCACGUUGUCUUCGGCGAGGUGCUCGAGGGUUACGAAUUUGUUGCGCAGAUUGAGAACGUGCCCAAGGGCCGCGGCGACAAGCCCGUGGAGACGGUCAAGAUCGUGAAGAGCGGCGAGCUGCCGGUGGAGGAGAAGGCUGAAGAGAAAGAAGAAAUGAUCUCGGAGAUCCCGUCACAACCUUCGGCAACUCCUGUGGCUCCAGCGGUUGCCUCCCUCAUCACUUCUGACAGCUACCCUUAUAUUUACCCGAAAAUUGCGGCCCUCGCUCUAGUCGUUGGCCUGCUGCUGAUCUUGAUCAAGCGCAGCACUCCGGGACAGCGAGAGAAGGCUGAGAGAAGUGUCGUUUAAGAUCGAAGACGGACGCUCCGCCAUGCAGCAACGGUUUCGUACUCCAUAGCUUACUAUAAUCAUUCAAAGAACUAGUGCAACCAUAAUUCCGUCCCUCUGUGUUCGAUAACUUAUAGAAUCCGCUACCUGGUAGCUUGUGACCCUUGAUGCAUACGCAGCCAUUCGGCCGUGCUUACACCGGUCUUCUUAUACGUAACACGUUUCAGCCCUGCAAGACUAGACUGCCGUCAAGUCUUGCCAACUUAUCACGAAGAAGUCGGUCAGAAUUUCAAGAGGACCAUCCAACUUUAGACCAGGCAGUCGGACAUACGAGGGAAGCCCUUGCUUUAUCUUUGAUAAUGUUAGCGAAACCCCCAAGUAAUACAAGGCAUUCCCAUUCUGGCCAGCAGAGUCCAAUGCUUUUUAUGCAGCACUGCAGCGACGUGGAAAGGUUCGCUGUAUAAUCUCCGUACCACGUCAUGCGGCCCAGGAUCAUGCCAUGAGCCUCCAUCAAGGU